AUGAAUAUUGAUAAUACUAAUGACAUAUCUUCCCCACCAACGCCAAUACACCCUGCUCCAAAUGAGGAAUUAACUAAUGGUGUACCAACAAACACUCUACUAGCAGAUUCCAAUAUCGAUUUGAAUCCCGACCUAUAUGAAGAAGAAGAGAUGGAUAUAGAGGAGGCAAAGAGCAAUAUUGUUGAUGAAAUUCCACCUGAGAACUUGACAAGCAAUGACCCUGCGCUACAACCACAAACAGGAAAUGCAUUUAAUGACAAUAUCAAUGAUGCUACUACAAAUGCAGAUUCUGAUUUAGAAGAUGUGGAAAUCAACCAAUUACACCAAAUCACAUUACCUUUUAAUGAAUCUUAUCAAUUGCUUAAACAAGAGUUCCAGAAUACUUUAACUAAUCUAGGUCAGUCACAAAUCACGUCAGCACAACAAUCUAAAUUAAUCAAUUAUAUCGAUGAAACAUUAUUGCAAAUACAAAGAAAAUUCAUUAAACAACAAACCGAACUGGAAAUUAAUUAUUCUUUGAUUCAAUUAUUACAAGAAUUGUCUACGGUGAUUAGUGUUAUAUGGGUAUCAAUACAACAAAAACUGGUCUUGUAUGGACAAAUCGAAUAUUAUAUAAAGAUUCUUGGUGAUUUAGAGGAUUAUGUGAAUAACUAUAAGACACUUUUCAAUGAAACUUGGUCGAAAAAUAAUAAUUUACAUAUUAAUAUGCAAAAUUUAGUGAUUUUUUUUAAAUUCUGGCAGAAGAUCGAUUUACAAUUGAGUUUUUUAAUUGAUGGGUAUAACAUUGUAUUGAAUAAUGGCAAUCAACAAACUAAGUUGAUUAAAAUGAAUGUUACUGAAUUGACACGUUUAUUACCAAUUGUUACUCGAUUAAGAAUUGCAAUAAUAUCGAAGAUUGAUGGCCUUCGUAUGAGGUUGAAAAAAAAUCAAGAGAACAAUAAUGACAAUGAUGCUACAUCUAAUAUAUUGACCAUAUUUGAAUUAGAAAUAAGUAGGUUAUUUGAAGGAAUAUUAGAAAGAAGUUGA